AUGGACCAGAAUGGUGGAGCCAACUGGUUGGACCAAUUCCGAUCCAAAGCCGAUCUCGCCAUAUUCUUACACAACCAUCAGCUGAAUGAUUCAGCUGAAGAAGCCAUCAGCUCCGCUCUCGAGGAGGCUGCCUGGGCUAACAAUCCGGAGAUGGUUACGUUGCUUCUGGCGCACGGGGCUAAAAUCACCCCAUUUACACUCGUUGGCGCGUGCCGUAGUAAGAAUGUCACUAUCUUCCAACGCUUCCAACAGUAUGGCUGGGACGUCAACACGGUCCAAUUCGGAGGAACAGUCUUACGCCUCCUGGCCUCGGAUCAUACCUGCAUGCGCUGGCUACUAGAGAACGGCGCAGACCCGAACUUCGUCGACCAGGAUAAUGCAACGCCAUUGGAAACUGCUGCUGUCUCGGGCUCUGUGGCCGAGCUGGAACUACUCAUUUCGUACGGAGCGAAGGUCGAUGCUUUGCCACGGGAUAUCCUGCCACGAGUUAUGAGGCGCGAUACCCAUGCCGUGUCAGUACUGCGCUUUCUCUUAAACCAGGGUCUAGAUGUGAAUGCGGACACAUUGAAUGACAGCGUUCUACACAAUGCGGUUCGCACGGGUAAAGUGGAAUGCGUCCGUAUUUUGCUAGAGUAUGGCGCAGAUUGCAAUGUUAGGACCCUCGAGGGUCUCACUCCGCUGGCAGAGGCUCGUGAAUGUGGAUACGUUGAGAUUGAGGGCCUGCUAGCAUCUCUUUGA